AUGACCGCCACCAGGACCGCAGUGCCGCCGCUUCCACGUCUUGACAAGAUCGAGAUGGAGGAUCGCAAGCGGUCUCUCGUCAACGAUGUUGACGACCUUGCGCCCAGUCGCAAGCGCUUCAAGGACGAGAAUGGAGCCACGAUGAAGAUGUCCGAGGACAAGGAGAAAGAAGUCGAGGUAUGCUUUGUGUUCGAUGUUUCACGCUGCGUACUCGAGCCACAGAGCAUGAUUCUAACCCGCGUGUGCAUAGGACUACCAAAAGGAUGCCAUCAUGCGCCAAAUGAAGGAAUACCGCCGGCAGAAGAAGGAUGCGGAAGAGCAGCUGGCUGAGCUUCACAAGACGAGCCAGUACCACGACGAUCACCUUCGCACCGUCGACGCCUGGUUCUCCCAGCUCCUUGACGAAGUCCGCGUGCUCGCCUCGCAAUCCCUCCCCACGCCGCCUCCCAGCGCAACUUCGACGACCGGUAUGACAAGCCCUACCCAUCACGUGAGAAGAUACCAUACUGAGAAUAUGCAUAGGCGGAGAGAUGUACCAUUCGGCAUUAGUGUUUGAGGACAACGAGGCCUUCUCUGAACAUCUCAAGUCCCGUUCCGAGAACAUCAAGCAUGCUAUAUCUGACUUGUUUGGCCGCUUACCCUCGGCUUCUCCCGAUGUUGAGGACCUGCGCAAGCAAUUGAAUGAGCUGCUGGCCAAAGAAAAAGAGCAUGCCGUGGAAUUGCGCAGGACGAUUGACGAAAAGGACUCGCUUUAUGAGCGUCUGGAACAAGCCAUGGGCCGCUAUAUGACUGCUGAGCGGAAGCUGGACCGGGCCAAGAGCGCCCAAGUGGCAAAGCUGGAGAGACAGGCCGUAAUGGGUGGCAACACUGACAAUGCCUCGCCGACUACUUCUAAGGCAGCAGCAACUCCAAAGCGUGAAAGCACAGAGGGCAACGGCGAAUUGGAAAAUGGUAUUGCAAGUGCAGAAGCCGAAGCCGCGCGCAAGGAAGCCGUUGCUGCAGCAGAGAAGCAGAAGGCCCAGCUCGAGGAGAUUGAGGCUGAAAAUGAGCGUCUGACAAAUGAUUUGAGCGCAGCAAGAACAAAGUUGGCCAGCCUAUCGGACGAUGAUUAUGCCCAGACAUCGCUUUACAAGACUCUCAGAUCGCAGUAUGAGGAUGUGGUGAAGCGCGUGAAUGGUUUGGAAGCCAGCAACGGUCAGCUACGUGAAGAUAGCCAGAAAUUCGCCGGGGAGCGUACUGCCUAUCGGACUCAGAUUGAUGAAGAGAACCGCAACCAGAUCAACGAGAUCGAGGCGGCGAGCGCUCGAGCCGAAACCGAUUUGGCACGCAUCAGGCACGUACGCGAUCAGCUGACUUCAGAAAUUGCAAUCCUGAAGUCUUCGGACGAGAAUUCACGCACAUCGGUAGCACAAGCCCGAGAACUCGCGGAAGCCAAGGAUCAACGCAUUGCAGCUUUAGAGUCACAAGUGAAGCGACUAGAACUUCAAAUUGGUGAAGCCGAGGCUGCCGAGGGCGAUAUGGACGGACUUGACGUGGAAGCGCUGAAGUCCAAGUUGCGCACACUGGACAGUCAGUAUUCGCUGCUCAGUAACGAACUGCCAUCUAUGGAGUCAGCAUGGAAAAAGACGCAAGCUUUGGCAUCGAAGAAAGUCGAGGAAAUUGCUGCUUGGGAGGAGCAAAUUGGCCGUCUCUCCGCGGAGAAAGCAAAAGCAGACCAGAAGUAUUUCGCUGCGAUGAAGGCAAAAGACAUGCGGGAAGCCGAGCUUCGAACGCUCAAAACACAAAACCAGCGCUCAAGCGAGAUCGUGACGCAGCUCAAGGAGGGUGAGGCGAAAACGAAGGAGCUGUGCGCAAACUAUGAGCGACAACUCGCAGAUGCGAAGGAGGGCUUGACGAAGCUGGAACAGCAGUCUCGGGCAGCUGAGCAGAAGCUCAAGGAGGCCACGAUCUCUGCAGAUGGCUUGAAGAAGAGCGUCGAUGAGCUAAAGGCUCUUGUUAGCGUCAAAGACAAGGACAAUCUGACAGCAGCGAAAGCCAAGCGCCAAGUCGAAGAGGAUCUUGAGAAGUGUAAGACACGUCUUGAAGACUCCAAGAAACAGUACGAAACACUGCGCAAGAGCAGGGCGGCGGUCAACGCUGCGGACUCGGAUGACUGGCGGGUGAGUUUAGGAUACUUGCAUUUUUGGUCAAAGAGAUCAGACACUAACCCAAUCACAGAAAGUCGCCAUUUGCCCAGUCUGCAAUGCCAACAUCCGCAAUACCGUACUCAAGCUCUGCGGACACGUCUUCUGUCAUUCGUGUGUCAAAGAUCUCAUCUCGAACCGGUCGAGAAAAUGCCCCAGUUGCGGGCGAGCUUUCGGCACCAACGACUCAAUGUCGAUUGUUCUUACAUGA